UAGUGGGCGCGGCUGGUGGGGCCAGGGGUGGUGGGAGGCGAUCGUCCACCUGAGCUCGGCGGGUUCCAGCGUCCCGACCCACGCUCGGCCGGAUCACUCUGUUGAGUGACACCGCUGUGGCCUCGGAGGAGCUGUCGUCUAGCCUGCGCGGCGGGAAGCGGCGGCGGCCUCAACGUCCGAAGAGAAGCUGAAAUCCAUCCAUCACCAUUCUUCAAAAUGCAAUGGAAUGUACCAAGGACUGUAUUCCAACUGGCACAUAGGACAUGCAUGGACCCACAUAAAGCUGGUCUUUUUGGACACUGUCAAUAUAUAAAGGGACCAUUACUUUUGUAUAGAGCUGAAUCCAGAGUAGUUUUGGUACAGGUUCCUCUAAAACAAUGGCUGCAUUUAUCUGCUGCCCAGUGCACUGCAAAGGAAAGGAAGCCAUUCGAUGCUCCUUCACCCCAACUGAGGGUUCUUCAUUAUAAACAGUGGGAGCAAGAUGCUUCCUCUAAGAGGGUUAUGUCAUCCAAUGCUACAUCUCCAGGAACGCCUUCAGAAAAAAAAGAAGAACCUGAUCCGUUACAAGACAAAUCUAUUAGCCUUUAUCAACGAUUUAAGAGAACUUUUAGACAGUAUGGAAAAGUGUUGAUUCCAGUGCAUCUAAUAACUUCUGGUGUUUGGUUUGGAACAUUUUAUUAUGCAGCCAUAAAAGGAGUGAAUGUCAUUCCUUUUCUAGAGCUUAUUGGGUUACCUGACAGCAUAGUAAACAUUUUGAAAAAUUCCCAGAGUGGAAAUGCCCUAACAGCAUAUGCCUUGUUUAAGAUUGCAACACCUGCCCGAUAUACCGUGACUUUGGGGGGAACCUCCUUCACUGUGAAGUAUCUGCGUAGUCGUGGCUACAUGUCAACACCUCCUCCUGUGAAGGAGUAUCUACAGGAUAAGAUGGAAGAGACAAAGGAGCUUCUCACAGAGAAAAUGGGAGAAACGAAGGAUAGACUCACUGAAAAAUUACAAGAAACCAAAGAAAAGGUUUCUUUUAAAAAAAAAGUGGAAUAGGGUGUCUUAUAUAAGAGGUUAUAAACGAUCCCUGCGCUUUAACCCUUAAGAGAUGAGGGACAGAUUCAUGCUCCUGAGUAUAUUUUUGGUUGGUUUCCUAACUCUGCCAAUUCUCGGAGGGUUAAAGAACUAAGAUAACCUUUUUAACAUUGUCACUAGAAAAAUCAGUGUUCUUUGAAAAGAAAAAAAUGAACCCAGUAUAAGAAUUUCCCAUCAAUAGCAGCAUUAAGCAGUGUUAAUGUCUAAGUCAGACUCUUUUCAAGGUCCUCAGAAGCAUACUUGCUUAUGUUUUGUUGCAGCUAUACUUUAGGCAGACGAGGCAAUUGACUUCUUGAAUAACUGAUGUGGCCCUAGACAGGAAGUUAAUGCUAGUGUUCAUCUUUAUGUUAUUCAUUGAGGUUUUAACUGUAUUCAGCCCUCAUUCUCAUUAUGGAGACAAACUUUUAUCAUCAAAACUGCCUAUGAAUAAGAGAAUAGUGUUUCUAUAAAAAAAGUGUUUAACAGUUACAUACCAGUUAAAAUAAUAGACUUUAUAUGAAGAAAAUUGAAUAAAAAUUGAGUUAUACAUGUAAAUAAGAUGUAUUGGUUAUAUGUAAAUGAAAAAAUUGACCAUUUAAAAAUGAUUUUUACCUGAAACUUGUCAUAAUCAAAUUUUUAAAGUAAAUAUAUAUGGCCAUAGUACCUUGUCACCUAGAACAUAAAACUAUGAAUUGUUUGUGUCCUUUUCAACUGAUUUUUCAGAGAAAAAGUGAAAGUAAUUAUACUGUAAGUUCAUUGUUGAAAUCAGAUGAUCUUAAGCAGCGAUUCACAUUUGUGGUUCUCAAGAAAAUACCGCUUUGGAAGAAUGGAAAAUGGCACCAGGUUGUCAUGGACCUACCCACUCUUCUGCCACUAGCAGGUCUCGUCUCCAUAAGCCAGCGCUCUCUCCCAGUGUCUUCUCCCAGAGUUAAUGGUGAUCUCAUUAUGGAAUAAAUUUUAAAAUUGUAGCUGCUGCUCUUUCCCUGAUAUUGAAUCCUUGCUUGAGCGUUUUACUUAAAAUUUUUUAUACUAAAACUAUCAUUAAAUUAUCUGCUUGGAAUGAAAUUCAACCAUUGUCAGAUAUGAAAGUUGUCAUGAUUGUGUGGGCGUGUUUAAGGGUGUCUGUAUCUGUUUUAACUGCCUUUUACUUCGUUUCCCUUGAAUUGAUAUUUGGAAGAGGGAAUGGCGUCUGCGUAGAUUGUCUGUUUAGAUUAUCAGAGGGACCAGCAGGAACAAUCCUGCAAAAAUCACCGCUAUUUGGCAGGUUUUCGUAUUUAAUAGUUUGGCCAAAUUUAGAAAAUACUUUAAAGGAAAAAGAAUGUUUACAUUUGAUACAUUUAAUCAUUAUACUGGAACACCUCUUAAAUGAAUAUUCUGUGGUUGGAACUUCUUUUGUGGGUGGGGCAGAGUAGUGAGGGGAGGGCCAGGAGCCGUUGGUGUGCCUGGUGCAGUGCUGAUCAGGAGAAUGGUUAGUCCUCUCACUCAGAGUGGAACUUGCGAUUUCAAAUUGACAGCACAUUUUCAAAUCUAAAUAUAAUUGACAUGUUUUAGCCUGUCUGUUAAAUAAUUCACCUAUUUUCAGAUAUUAAAUGCUAAGAUAUUAACAAA